AAAUAAAUAAAAAUCAUGUCGAAGGCCGCACUUUGUAACUUGAGCUCCCCGCGGGAGCCCCGCAGCGCCCUCAGGCGGCCUCCGCCGCGGCUGAGGCCGGGCCCGCCCCUAGCAACGCCCGGCGCCAUCCCGCCCCGUCCCGCCCCGCUGCCCCAUCGUGCCCCGCACAAGAUGGCGGCGCCCGCGCUGGGGCGGCGCUGCGGCGGGGCGGCGGGGCUGCGGGGCGGCCUGCGCCGGGCUCUGCUCCCGGCCCCGCUGCCGGCGCCGCGGCCUCUCCACGAGCGGGCGCCGCGGUCGCGGAGCUCGGCGGGGCUGCUGGCGGCGCAGUGCGAGCGCGGCCUGUUCCAGGAGGUGUUCCCGGGGCAGGGCGCGGAGGAGCAGCUGGCGGCGCUGCUGGAGCCGGGCCGCCCGCCCGUCACGGCCUACUGCGGCUUCGACCCGACGGCCGACUCGCUGCACGUCGGGCACCUGCCGGCCGUGGCGGCGCUGCUGCACUUCCAGCGGGCGGGACACAACGUGGUGGCCGUGGUGGGCGGCGCCACCGCCCGCCUGGGCGACCCCAGCGGCCGGCUGCGCGCCCGCGAGCCCGUGGCGGCCGGGCGGGUGCGCGCCCACGCGCGCGCCCUGCGGCUGGGCCUGUGGCGCCUCUUCGAGAACCACCGGCGGCUCCUCUGGGCGCCCGGCCCCGGCGGGCCCGGCCUGGGGCGGGCCGAGGUGCUGGAUAACGCCCGCUGGCUCGGCCGCCAGCCGCUGCUCGGCUUCCUGUGCGGUGCCGGCGGGCGGCUGCGGAUGGGCACGCUGCUGAGCCGGCAGGGCUGCCGCGAGCGGCUGCGCAGCGCCGAGGGCAUGAGCCUGGCCGAGUUCGUCUACCCGGCGCUGCAGGCAUACGAUUUCCUGCACCUCCACCGCCGCCGAGGGUGCCGCAUCCAGCUGGGGGGCGCCGACCAGAUGGGCAACAUCAUGUCCGGCUACGAGCUCGUCACCAAGAUGACAGGAACAGACGUGUUUGGAAUUACCGUACCCCUUAUUACCAGUACCACUGGAGAUAAACUGGGAAAGACUGCUGGCAAUGCAGUUUGGCUCAACAGAGACAAGACUUCUCCCUUUGAGCUGUAUCAGUUCUUUGUCAGACAACAAGAUGACAUAGUUGAAAAAUACCUGAAACUCUUCACCUUCCUUCCUCUUGAGGAGAUUGCCCACAUCAUGGAAAUGCACGCUAAAGAACCUGAAAAAUGGGGCCCUCAGAAACGGCUUGCUGCAGAAGUAACAAAGCUUGUUCAUGGUACAGAGGGGCUGGAGUCUGCUAAGAGGUGCACUAGAGCCCUUUAUUACAGCAGCGUGGAAGCAUUGGAAGCUAUGUCUGACCAAGAGUUACAGGAACUUUUUAAACAAGCUCCUUCAGCUGAAUUGGUACUUGAACCAGGAAUGAGUGUGCUCGACCUGUGUCGCAAAGCAAAUGCCAUUCAGGAUGGACCUAGUGGGUACCAGAAAAUUACAGAUGGUGGAGUGUCAGUAAAUGGGAUUAGAGUAACCAAUCCUGAGACUGUUCUUAUUCUUGGACAGCAUAUUCUCAAGAAUGGAGUAUCAUUGCUUAGGGUUGGAAAGAAAAAUUACUACAUUAUAAAAUGGCUGCAGUUGUGACAACGGUGUUUCUCUACUGCUUGUUUUUUUUCUGAAUUUUCUCAGAGCAUACUCUGUUGAAGAUGGACUUGAAGAUGUUUCUAUAUUAUGCAUUACUAUGCAGCUCACAAACUGCCUGAUACCAACAUACACCAACAAGGUUCAAAUAAAGGAAGCUGAGAUUCUAAACAUGUAUGAUUUCAUGUUUUUGUUUCUGACAGUGAAUUACUGAAUCAGAAAGUUAUAGAAAUAGUACAGCAGAUAGGAAAAAUCUGGUAACAUCUGAUUACUUCAGAUAAGCCACGCUUCGUGUAGACCACAAAUCACAAAUAGCCUGAAAAACUGCACACACUACAUUAUGGCAGUUGUACCUACAUUUGGAUCUUUGGACUCCACUGAAGUUAAGUAUUACUAUUUAUUACAGCUGGGCUUUUCCUUUUUUCCCUAAUGCACAACUUCUGUAGUUAAUGCAGUGGCUAUCAGUAUCAGCUGCUAACCUGUGAAGAGUAGCUAGACUUGUGUGACAUGGCUCUUUCCACUACAAAAUAAGAUACAGAACUAUCUAAAACAUGCAAAAGGAACAGUUGGAAUUGCCAUGGAGAACAGGUGCAACUAAAACACAGAACUGGAAUGUUGUCAUAUGCAACUCUUAAUUUUUUUUUUUUAUUUUGCAUAGAUGUUAUUCUAACAGAGAUUUUUAGAUGUUCUGCCUUACUCAAAGUACCAUUCAUGAGAAAAUAUGAACAAGAAGACAAAGAUUAAUUCCAGAGAUGGAUAGUAGGCUCUUGCCCUACUUUAACAACCAACUGCCUUGCAGGAGGGAGGGGGAACAGUGACAAGAUACUCUACAGCCUAAUUCACAGCAAGAUGAGCAAAGCAUUCUUUACUUCUAACAGAGGAUGUAUGCUGCUGGCAACUUCUGAUUUCAUCCUAACAUAGAAAACCUGGAUAAGUGGGUAAGAACAAACAACCUACAAUAGUUGUUUCUUUUUGUUUGUUGGUUUGUUUGUUUGUUUUUCUGGACAGGUUUGGUUUAAAACAAGUUGCAGAAAAUUCAUAAUAAAUAAGUGGAAUGGUUAA